GCUGAGUUUCUGCUUGUGUCGGGACCGGACUUUGACUCGGCCUCCCAGGGGCUGGGGACCUGGGGUCCCGUAGAGCCUAAGCGCCGCCAUGAAGGACUCUCUGGUACUCCUGGCUCGCGUGCCGGCCCACCCAGACUCCCGCUGCUGGUUCUUGGCUUGGAACCCUAGCGGGACCCUGCUGGCCUCGUGCGGCGGCGACCGCAGCAUUCGUAUCUGGGGCAAGGAGGGUGACGGCUGGGUGUGUAAGUCGGUUCUGGCCGAGGGUCACCAGCGCACCGUGAGGAAGGUGGCCUGGUCCCCUUGCGGGAACUACCUGGCAUCUGCAAGUUUUGAUGCCACCACCUGUAUCUGGAAGAAGAACCAGGAUGACUUCGAGUGUGUAACCACCCUUGAAGGUCAUGAAAAUGAAGUCAAGUCAGUAGCUUGGGCCCCAUCUGGCAGCCUUUUGGCUACUUGCAGCCGUGACAAGAGUGUCUGGGUAUGGGAAGUUGAUGAAGAGGAUGAAUAUGAAUGUGUCAGUGUUUUGAAUUCACAUACACAGGAUGUUAAACACGUGAUAUGGCACCCUAACCAAGAGCUAUUGGCAUCAGCCAGCUAUGAUGACACAGUAAAGCUAUACAGGGAGGAAGAGGAUGACUGGGUAUGCUAUGCCACCCUGGAGGGCCACGAGUCCACAGUGUGGAGCUUGUCCUUUGACCCCAGCGGCCAACGCCUGGCAUCUUGCAGUGAUGACCGCACUGUGCGCAUUUGGCGCCAGUACCUACCAGGCAAUGAGCAAGGAGUGGUCUGCAACGGCUCUGAUCCUACCUGGAAGUGUAUUUGUACCUUAUCUGGCUUCCACUCUAGAACUGUCUAUGAUGUUUCUUGGUGUCACCUGACAGGAGCUCUGGCCACAGCUUGUGGUGAUGAUGCUAUCCGAGUAUUUGAAGAAGACCCCAACUCAGACCCUCAACAGCCAUCUUUCUCCCUAACAGCUCACCUACCCCAGGCUCACUCCCAGGAUGUGAACUGUGUAGCUUGGAAUCCCAAGGAGCCAGGAUUACUGGCCUCAUGCAGUGAUGAUGGUGAGAUGGCCUUCUGGAAAUACCAGCAACCAGAAGUUCUCUAAGGUCCUUUUACCCAUAUGCAGCCCCUGGAGUGGACCUUCUAGCAGAGGGAUAAUAUUUAUUUUCCCCGAAGAGGGAAAAAUCAUGAGAAUCAGUUUUUGCAGUCUACAUAAAAAGCCUGGAAGUACAAUGCUAGCUUUACUUUCUUCUUGUCUGAACUUAGUGAUUCUGUAACUGAAAUCUUGUGAUCAGCUUCAGACAAACUGAGUAGGGAUUAAGUUCAGACAAAAGUUCUUCCACCCUGUGACUUGGGCCUCCUAAUUCAGUAAUGUAAAAUAAACAUUUUAAAAAUCUUA